GAAGAAGAAGAAGAACUUUCACGCUCUCUACUGUUGUCAGUUUGUUUCUAAUGAUGCUUCCUGCUCAUGCGACCUAUUAUUUUCAAUGGGAAAUCAAGCCUGGAGCAUUGCCGGAAGGAGUUUCAGUACGAACAUUUGGCAGACUGACCUGCUAUGAGCAAGAUAUGUCCAGGGCUACGCUCACAGCUCAGCAUGCUUCCAAGGAACACCAUGUAGUCAUCAAUACCUCGCUUGUGGAACCAUUUCAUCCCAUAAUUGGAGCCCAGUAUUUAGUUCUGGGUGAGACAGAUUCGACUGAUGGGGUGGACAUGAUGGUCCGAGCUCGUGUACUCAACUGUAUAGAUGGUGUAAACAUUCCCCGUCUCCAGAAAGCCAUCACUGAGCAGAGGAGGUUCUUCAAGGAAAGGGAGAGUCAUCGGGACGACGCGGUGCAUAACGCAACUUGAUCUUAAGCGUGUCUUAAAAAAGCAGGUAGUCUAUGUGCUUAGUUUUCUUCUGAAAAAUAUUGGACAUUCCUGCAGUAGGAUCUUUGGUGAUAUUAUGGAUGCGGAAGCCCAUGGUGAUGCAUCACCACGAAGCAAUUGCUACACAUCCCAAAUGUUCUAUAUGGCUCACAUACAUACUAGCAUAAUGUCUGGUUGUGACGUGUUUAAAUCCUCAGCUCAAUUUAGGAAAUAAAUUAAGUCUGAGGGAACCUUUCUUAAAUUUUCAUUUCUAUAUAAGGAAAUAAAAAGUGAUAGAUUUUGACCAUGUGAUAACAAAAAUGUGCACACUUCCUAACAAUUUUCUGAAAAUCUAACAUCUGUUGUAUCCGUCUGUGUCCUUUUU